AUGCUGCUCAAGUACGCAGCAUGUCUUGUCGCUGCAGUCGUGAGGGUAGCCGCUCAUCACCCACCUCGACCGCGCGCCCCAGGUGUUGCAUUUGGAUUGACGCCUGACUAUGGGACUGCGGUAAUCCACCUGAAGAACGGAACCACAAUCCCCAUUGCCCAAGUACAAGGGUCGGCUGAAUACCAGGCUUUCAUGAGAGUCAACACCACUGCACCCGCUGAUGAGAGUUCCUUGUGUAAAUGGUUCGCACCAACACUCGAUCGUCUACCAUCAGCGCUGGGGCUUAAUGUUGACAUCUGUCGCAGCCCAGAUCUCAUCAGUACCAAGGCCUUGAUAUCUUCACUCAAACUGUCUGUAGAGUCGCAUCUCGGGACCAACAUCUGCUUCGCUUCACUCGUUCUCGACGACCCGACCAGUCCUCAAGCCCGCAUUGCUGAGCAAGCUCUCGAACUGUCUGGACUCCGGCAAGUAAUGCCAACAGUUCGGAGAGCGAAGGAAGUCUUGUACGACCUUGAGUCGGAUCAAGCUCCUGCAUUCGACGAGGAGCCUUGGACGGUUUUGGUGCUUGAGUACGAUGCGCACUGGUACAGCUUCGGGCUGUAUACAAUCGAAGAGGAUGGCAUAGUGUCACACCUGGAAGAUCCUGUCCAUGGACCGAGGAUCAGCAUUGAUGGCCAGAUGGACUCGCUGAAGAAGGAAAUCAAAGAAUCGUUGGCCAGUUUGCCACCAAGCGUUGAGCGUCCGCGUCAACUGUUCAUGUAUGGUGAACAGGCGGACAAUGCGGAGCUUCUGGACUUUCUCGCGGAGAACUUGGGAUCCGACUUGGUGAAAGAGAGGCGGGCGGACACAUCGGUCUAUGCGGGUAUGGGUUACAUGGCAAGGGCUGCACAUGAAAGAAUGGACGAUGUUCAGUUUGAGACGCGUGAUCAGUCACAGGGUGCCUGGAUGUGCAAGUGGCGGUCCAAGUUGUACAAGGAGGAUCACGAGGAGCUGUAA